AUGAAAGAAACCAGAACCCCUGGCACGGGCGAGUGGUUGUUACAAAACCCGGGAUUUCAACGUUGGGAGGAGACCAACCCUCCGGUAUUUUCUGGCUUCAGGGAUCCCGUAAUUUCCGGUGUUGGCAAGACAUACCUCACGUCCCGAGUCGUCGACCUUAUCAAGGACCAGAUGGAAGACCUGCCGAGAAAUGAGGGAUCUGCGUUCUUCUACUGCAACCGAAACGAGAAGAACCGCAGGGACUCGCUCUCUAUCAUCAACAGCUAUGCCGAAGAGUCUGGAACCACGUUGAGCUUUGACGCUUGCCAAGAGCAGAUUCUGGCUUUGUUGAAUCUUUACACCAAGUCUACGCUUGUGAUCGAAGGUUUCGAUGAGUGUGAUCAAGGCUCGCGUGAUAAAUUGAUUGAGACUUUCAAUUCUCUUCUGGCAGAGUCAAAUAACACACUGAAGAUUUACAUCGCGAGUCGCCCGGAUCCAGACAUCCAAGCCCAGAUUCAACAGGAGCAAAGAAUCAGCAUCACAAUUCAAGUUCCAAUGGGCAUCACUGCAAGUCCACCAGAUCACACGAUGCAGAACCGAGUCGAGUGA